UGUUUUCCCCAAAAUUAGCUGGUCAAAGUUCUCUGGGAUACAAAAGGUGAAUGUGGUAGCAGACAAACUCAUUAUAAAAUAUAGAUUCCAUCUAUCUCACUAAAUAAGUUCAGCUUGAAGCUUUUACCUUAACAAAAUUCUAUGAUCAUUACUCACUUUUGUCUUGACAUUAUCCUGAUAAUAAUCACAUAGAAUAAUCAAGUCCUGUCAACCUCUGAACUUCAGUUUCCUUAUCUGUAAAACCCCUUUCAUUCCCUCUCUAGUUCUAAGAAUCUGUGAUUCUAAUACUAUUUGCCUUACUCCUAGAUUCAAUGUAGGCUCACAUUGUAAAUUGCUUGAUACAAAACAAGAUAUCUGUGCAUUCACCUGUAUUACUAUUUGCAGACUAAAGUAGCAAAAUGAAAAUGUCAUUUCAAAGAUAGUCCCCCUUUAGACCAUGUAGUAGAGAACAUUGUAAACUUCUGCAUCAUCACGAAGUCCUCACAUUCUUAGAAAAGAACAUAUGUAACUAUUACGAAGUGCAUUGAAAGUGUCUAAAAAUUCGUCUCCUGUGAUUGGAUUAUGCAAAGGAGAAAUGGAGUUCUUUGAAGUUUCACUGCUAAGUGUGUGGGGAGACUGAGAUAUCUUCUUGAUUUGUGCUCAUGAUUAUUCUGGUUCAUUCACUGUAAUGAAAUAACCUUUUAAAUUAUGCCAUUUAAUGUAAUAACAAAGUUUGUAAAAAAAAAUUCUUUACACUUAAAAAUGGCUUUCAUUUGAAAACUUCCCAAAUACGCUCUCGAAAUUGUUAAUUUCUCAAUCAAGACGCAGGGUGGCGCUGCAGGCUAAGUUGUGAAUAAAGAGCUCUAAAAAGCUCGCGUAUUCUUUUGUGUCGCUAGACGAAAUAAAAAACACACGGAAGAAGUGUUGCAAGCAGUGCAGGGUUACCAACGGUUUGGGGCAGCGAUAUACUAAACGAAUUUAAUAUUAAAGACAACUUUGUGACGAUUCCUCCAAGCAAAAAAUUAGAAUUGAAUGUCUCAAGUCUUUUUGCACUUGCUGAAGGGAUUGGAUAUAAGGACCUGGACUCCAACAUGAAGAAGCUAGAGAGAGUUCAUCCAAACAGGCAAGUGUUGGCCUUUAUUUUGGUGGUGUUCUUGUCUCGGGCCCGCCCCGAGCCUAUUUGUUAUUCUGUGUUGGAGGAAACAGAGAGCGGCUCCUUUGUAGCCCAUCUGACCAAGGAUCUGGGCCUGGGAACUGGGGAACUGGCCGCCAGGUCAGCCAGGGUGGUGUCUGACGAUGACAAGCAGCGUUUGCAGCUGGAUGGUCAGACUGGAGAUUUGCUUCUGAGGGAGAAACUAGACCGGGAAGAGCUCUGUGGUCGUAUUGAACCGUGUGUACUGUAUUUCCAAGUGUUCCUGGAAAUGCCGGUGCAAUUUUUUCAAGGAGAACUAAUGAUCCAAGACAUAAAUGACCACUCUCCAGUAUUCCCUGCAAGGGAAGUGCUCUUGAAAAUACCGGAAAAUAGCCAGCCAGGGACUCUAUUUCCAUUGUUAAUAGCUGAGGAUUUGGAUGUGGGCAGCAAUGGUCUCCAAAAAUACACAAUCAGCCCCAAUUCUCAUUUUCACGUUCUCACUCGAAAUCAUAGUGAGGGCAAGAAAUACCCAGAUUUGGUGCAGGACAAACCACUGGAUCGAGAGGAGCAGCCUGAGUUCAGCUUAACCCUCGUGGCGCUGGAUGGUGGGUCUCCACCUAGGUCUGGCACAGUCAUGGUUCGAAUCCUGAUCAUAGAUGUCAAUGACAAUGCUCCUGAGUUUGUGCACACCCCAUAUCGGGUGCAGGUCCUGGAAAACAUCCCCCUAGACUCUCCAAUUCUUAGGGUCUUAGCUAGAGAUGCAGAUGCUGGAAACUUCGGGAGUGUUUCUUAUGGCUUAUUCCAAGCAUCAGAUGAAAUUAAACAAACUUUCGCAAUAAAUGAAGUCACCGGAGACAUACUACUGAAGAAAAAAUUGGAUUUCGAAAAAGAUAAAUCUUACCAUGUAGAAAUUGAGGCCACAGAUGGAGGAGGCCUUUCUGGGAAAGGCACUGUAGUCAUAGAGGUGGUGGAUGUGAAUGACAAUCCCCCAGAACUUAUCAUAUCCUCACUCACCAGCUCCAUCCCAGAAAAUGCUCCUGAGACGGUAGUCUCUAUCUUUCGAAUUCGAGAUAGAGAUUCUGGAGACAAUGGCAAGAUGAUUUGCUCUAUUCCAGAUAACCUACCGUUUAUUCUAAAACCGACUUUGAAGAAUUUUUACACCCUGGUAACAGAGAGACCACUGGACAGAGAGACCAGAGACGAGUACAACAUCACCAUGACCGUGACUGAUUUGGGGACACCCAGGCUGAAAACCCAGCAGAGCAUAACCGUGCUGGUCUCCGACAUCAAUGACAACGCCCCCGCCUUCACACAAACCUCCUACACCCUGUUCGUCCGCGAGAACAACAGCCCCGCACUGCACAUCGGCAGCGUCAGCGCCACAGACAAAGACUCAGGCACCAACGCCCAGGUCACCUACUCGCUGCUGCCGCCCCAGGACCCGCACCUGCCCCUGGCCUCCCUGGUCUCCAUCAACGCGGACAACGGACACCUGUUCGCCCUCCGGUCGCUGGACUACGAGGCCCUGCAGGCGUUCGAGUUCCGCGUGGGCGCCACAGACCGCGGCUCCCCGACCGUCUACCUGGUGGUGGCGUUGGCCUCGGUGUCGUCGCUCUUCCUGUUCUCGGUGCUCCUGUUCGUGGCGGUGCGGCUGUGCAGGAGGAGCAGGGCCUCGGUGGGUGGCUGCUCGGUGCCCGAGGGUCCCUUUCCAGGGCAUCUGGUGGACGUGAGCGGCACCGGGACCCUGUCCCAGAGCUACCAGUACGAGGUGUGUCUGUCGGGAGACUCUGGGACUGGUGAGUUCAAGUUCCUGAAGCCAAUAUUUCCUAAUCUCUUGGGUCAGGACACGGGGAGGGAAAUUAAGGAAAACCCCAACUUCAGGAAUAGCUUUGUAUUCAGUUAAGUGUUGUAUUUAGUUUAGUGAGCCGUUAUUAGUUUUGUCAAACUUCCCAUUACAAUACCUUUAUUUAAAAAAAUUGUCUACUUAUCUAAAUAUUCAUACAAUUUCAAAUCUAUGCAUGAUAUAGCUAAAUUUGUUACAAAUUGCACUUAACAUUUUUAGUUAUACUGAAUAUUAUUUUCUCUAUUUUUGAUCUACUGGUGGUUAAUCUUUCUAUAACUAUAAAUUAUUCAAUGAGGAUAAAAAUAAAUUAUAUUUUAAUGAAAUUCUUACAUUAACAUCUUUUUAAUGGAACGUUUAAGUGAAUAUAUGAACUCUUGAAUUUCUAAAUAUUUGUUGUGCCCGUCUUUACCAUGUAAUUUAAUGUUUGCAAGGCCAGAGUGUUUGAAAUUUUUUGUAAUUAACUUUAUAAUUACCUUCUCCUUUCUUGUUGACUGUACUAGGCUAAGCCCUCUUAAUAGCCAUGAGCAUAAAAUUUAGUAUACUUAUUUUCAGAAAUUGUAUAUAAAUAUGCAUUUCAUUAAAUUAGUAAUGCACUAAAAUUGUGACCCUUUUCCUCUAGUGACAUAGUCGUAUGUCUAGUGAUUAUUUUAUUUGGUUGCUACUUACCUAGCAUAUGAUAAUGUUCCAUAAAUACUAAUAUUAACUUUUGUAAAAAUAA